AUGCAGGAUGCAUUAUGUUAUUCAACAACAAAGCGAGCCAUUCUUGCUGAAAAAGAAGCCUCUCGAACCCCAAUUAAAAUUGCUCGCUUUACAAGAACUGCAGAUCACACAAAACUUGUGGUCAACGAUAUUACUCACGUGACAGCACCAAACAGCUUGGAAUGUCCAUUUCAGUUCUGUCAAAACCUGGACAACCAAGCUACCACAACCUUGGAAAAGCUUGAUGAAGCACCAGAAGACAAACUGGAAAUCUUUUGCAAAGUCCUCAAACUUAGUGAAACAAAAGUUGUUGGGCGAGCCAAAUACAAUGUCGCCAACGCAACAAUAGCUGAUAACACAGGGCAAAUUACCUUAGAUGUGUGGAAUAACCUCAUUCCACAGAUUCAAGAAAAUAAAGUGUACAAAUUCACAAACCUCAGUGUGCGCUUUUGGAAUGGGGUACGAAAGUUGAAAACCACAACUAACAGUGUCGUCUUGGAAACACCAAAUCCACUACUGGAGGGUUUAGAAGUAGAAGACACCUCAAGCCCAUACCAAGAGACAACUAUACUACUUUCCUGA